AAGAUCCGUUGACCUAAUUCGGGUUAUGCAGGACUCAAAAAAACUCAAAACCCUAACACACCGAAUCAUCGCCAUCGUCGGUGACGGAGCUACAGAGAAGAUGUUGCGGUUGAAGCACCUCACUUCUUACAGAUCGGCGGUUACUCACAGUUCCCGACUGUUGUUCACUCACGAAGAUAAACUAAUUCUACCGGCCAGUAUCCCCUCACGGUUCACCUCCAAUCGAUUUCUCGAUUUCUAUCAGCUCGGAAAUAAGGAUGCAAUCCAGAAAGAGCGUGCUCGGCUUAAAGAUGAAAUGAAUAGGGGAUAUUUUGCUGAUAUGGCAGAACUCAAAGAACAUGGUGGUAAGAUUGCUGUGGCAAAUAAGGUUAUAAUUCCAGCAAUGGCAGCUGUGAAAUUUCCUCAGCUAGAAGUAAAUUCUUCAAAUGGCAAAUGUUUCAAACUUCCAAUCACUACUUAUGGAUCUGAUACUGAAUCGAUGAAGGCUGAUAUCCCGAAAGCUACUUUAAUGUGUCUCUCGUUUCGAGCAACCUCUCAGGCAAUGACUGAUUCUUGGAGUGCUCCCUUUGUUGAAGCUUUCAAAGACUCAAAUAAAGUUCGGUUAUAUGAGAUUUCAUUUAUUGAAUCCUGGUUGUUAUCUCUGACCCCAAUAAAGAAGCUUUUACUUCUAAUGUUGAAGAAGUCAAAACCGGAGGAAAAUGGCGUGUUGCAUAAACAAAUCGCGUAUGCUUUUGGUGAUCAUUAUUACUUUAGAAAAGAGCUGAAGAUACUCAACCUUCUAACUGGUUACAUGUUCUUGCUGGACAAAUUUGGUAGAAUACGUUGGCAAGGUUUUGGAUUGGCCGCACCAGAUGAAUUGUCUUCACUUCUGUCGUGCACCUCACUUCUGCUUGAAGAAGAAUGACGGUAACAGAAGUUCUUUAAUUCAUAGAAGAUUGUUAUAAUAAUACGUGUCAAAUUCAUGUCCUCGUUAACAAUUUUUAUGGUUACAUUUUGGAACCAUCCAACGGCUAAGAUAAGAUAUCUCUUGUUGCCUUCAAGUCUAACUAGAAAAACGAGGACCGAGCUGUCCUUUUUUUCGAAAAGAGAAAUUAUAUUGAGAUUAUGAU